AUGAGGCACCGGGACCUUAGCCUAGAGAAGAAGGAACGGGAGGUUUUUAUUGUGUUAAGAUCUACUUUUGACGUGGCAGUUAUUUUUGAGCGAUGCUUCGAAACAAUCGGGAAGGCCUUCCAGUUCCUUAUGAAGGAACUUCGGGUCACCUGCUUCAGCUCAACAUCUUGCCCACCGCGAGGAGAAUGGAUACGUACUCCAUUGGUAAUGAGACCUCCUGAUCAGCCACUUGGUUAUGGACUGGCGGCUCCAAGAAAUGGGGCUAGAUCUUUGCUGUCAGCUCUUCAAGCUCAUGUAAUCAAGUGGCUGCUGUUCGAUUCGAGGCCACAGACAAAGGACAAUAAGUGCGAUGUCCCUCCAGAUACGUACCUUCGACCUUCAGAGGAGCGUCAGGAGGAAGCCUUGUGGCGUGCGUGCAGUGAAGUGAUUUGGCGCUGUGGUGGUGGAAACUCUAGUCAAGCUGGAGUGGAUCCGAAAGCAGUGGUGGCAUUACCAACCGACCACUGUUAUGUGCAGCACAGCUCUCAGUAUUAUCAGGAUGGAGUUACUGAGAAGUUCCAAACUGAGGACGGCGUAGGGGCAUUGCUGUUGCUCUAUGCUUGCGUGCUAUCAAGAGGAUGUGAUAAUAUCAGGAAGGAUCUCGAUGGUAAGAUCACCCAUCUGGUAUCCGCACACGUGGAGGGGUCAAUAAAUAUUGUGACGCUUCUCCUCACUGGGCGUGCUACUCCGUAUCUUCAUAAUGGCGUGCUGUAUGUUGGUGAUGAAGACCACUAUGCCAUGCCCCAAUUUGGUAUACUGUCACGAAGUCCAGUUGGUCUUUUGGUAUGGUAUGGAGGGGAAGAAAACUCCAAGAACAAUAUUAAUAAGCAGUACCCUGGAUCCAGAUUGAAGACUCCAGCUCUUCCUAUAUGGGCUACGAAAAUAAGCCUUUUUAAAGAACUCACAGAAUACCGACGUGAAACAACCACAGCGUUGUGUUUCGCCGCGUUCGACAUACAUUACUAUACCUGUGGCGGUUGCAACGUUUUGCUGAAUGUGGACACUCGGGCUCAUGACGACGCGGUUGGAACGCUGCGAACCGAUGACAUCAGCGCUACACCGCUUGAGAAAUUGAUACAUACAAAAUGGCAAGAUGCAAAAAUAACCUGGACGGGUAAUACGCCUUACGUCGGAGAGCCAGCAAAGUAA